AUGGUGGGGCUCUCAGAAGGGGAGAAGCACUUCAUCCACGGUGGCAUUGCGCAAGACAUUCGCACUGAUGGGCGUAGGCGACUGCAGUUCCGGGCCCUCUCCGUCCAGACCGGAGUCAUUCCACAGGCAGAUUGGUGGUUGUUAGUGUUACAGGCCAAUGGCUCAGCGCAUGUUAGAUUGGGGGCCACUGAAAUAAUCGCUAGUGUCAAGGCUGAACUGGGAAAACCAAGCAUUCUUCAUCCUGACAAAGGAAAAGUUUCAAUUUUUGUUGACUGUAGUCCAACAGCUGAGCCUAUGUUUGAGGGUAGAGGGUCUGAGGAAUUGUCCGCUGAGCUCUCUGUUGCCCUGCAAAGAUGCUUGCUAGGUGGUAAAAGUGGUGCAGGUGCUGCAAUUGAUCUGUCGUCCCUAAUUGUUGUUGAGGGAAAGGUCUGCUGGGAUUUGUACAUUGAUGGGCUUGUGGUCAGUUCUGAUGGUAAUUUGCUAGAUGCGCUAUCUGCUGCAAUAAAGGUUGCUCUGAGUGAUACUGGUAUCCCAAAAGUUAAUGUUUCUCUUAGUGCUGCAUCAGACGAGGAACCUGAGGUUGAUGUAAGCGAUGAGGAAUUUCUGCAGUUCGACACCUCCAGUGUGCCCGUUAUAAUUACAUUAACCAAGGUGGGUCGGCACUACAUUGUUGACGCCACCUCGGAGGAGGAAUCCCAGAUGAGUUCUGCAGUGUCAGUGUCAGUCAACAGGCACGGCCAAAUAUGCGGGCUUACCAAGAGGGGAGGUGCAGGGCUGGACCCAAGCGUCAUCUUGGAUAUGAUAUCCGUUGCCAAGCAUGUGAGCCAGCAGUUCAUCUCCCUCUUGGAUUCAGAGAUCGCUGCCGCCGAAGCUGAAGCGGAAGAGUGA